AUGAUGGGGAAACUCCCCCUGGGGGUUGUCUCCCCGUAUGUGAAGAUGAGUUCGGGGGGCUGCGCAGACCCCCUGAAAUUCUACGCCACCAGCUACUGCACAGCCUAUGGUCGGGAGGAUUUCAGGCCCCGUGUGGGCAGUCACGAAGGCACAGGCUACAAAUCAAAUUACCGGCCCGUGGUCUCAUACCAACCCAGUCUCGAUGCCCUGGACAACCCAGCCCUCCAGGACCAAGUCCGCAACAAUUUCCAGACUGUGACCAGUCAGAGUUAUCGCCCCCUGGAGGUGCCUGAUGGUAAAUACCCACUGUCCUGGAACGUGCACCAGACCAACUCUGGCUACUCCCGGGAGAAGCCUAGCACGGUGGCCCCCACCAAAGAGGUCAGGAAGGUCCAUUUUGACACCCAGGACUAUGGGCCCCAGGCCAUCACUGGGCUAGAGCCCAAGGAUGUGCCCCUGCUCCACCAGCAGCAGAACAAGGGCUCGCUGGAGUGGGAAAACUUCCGGCACGGCCCCCGCUUCAUGACUUCCGAGUAUAAUUCCAAGUAUCUCAAGGAGCCUUCAAACCAGCCAGAUCUCUUGCAGAAGAUCAUCGGGGCCAGGGAGGAGACUGGUUUCACGGAAGAGUCCAACAAGAACCCCAUCGUCUUCCAGCCGCCUUCCCAGGCUCCUGGGGACCCAGUCCUCCUCCCCAGCCGGAGUGUCACCAAAUCGGACUUUACCCCCGUGACCCACCCUCACGGGAGUGAGUUCCUGCCUGUGAUGGCCAGAGGCUCUGAGCGGGAGACGGGCUUCAGCCGAGGGAAUGAGAGGACUCUGAACCCCAGAGUGCCCCCACCCAGUGGCCCAGAACCCAGCAGCAUGAGCCACCGACAGUUCCAGCCCCCGAAGCGGGUGCAACAGACAAACGUGGCCCUGCUUGGCCGGGAGACUGUGGGGAACAAGGAGCCCACAGGGUUCAGCCUGAACAACCCCAGCUACGUCCGGAGCCCCUAUGACCCUGAGCUGGAUAAUCGCUACCUGACCACCUACAACCAAGGAUACUUCGAGAACAUCCCCAAGUGUCUAGAUCGAGAAGGCUGGACUCGAGGUGGCAUCCAGCCCCAGAAGCCCGGCAGCCGUGCCCUCAACCAGCCGGUCACCUGCACAGAAGCUGUGCCCAGCCCCACGGAGAGCCUGCGGCGCUUGCACCCCCAUGUGGGCAGAUCCCUGAUCUCGGCCGAUCCCCUCUACCGAGCCUCACCUCACAGCAGCCACGGCAGCCGCUUCACUGCACCCAACUGAGCCUGAGACCUGGGUUUGCCGACCCCAGAGGACAGGAGCUGGUGACUGUCCCUAUUCCCACAUAACCCCGGGGGCCUCCCAGGUUACUUUCCUAAUGAAAUAAAGAGCAAUGAGGCCGA